AUGAUGUUCAGGAAACUUCGUUUCUCUGGUCGAACCGAAUGGGUUCUUAUUUCCAUCGCCAUCAUAUCCUUCAUCAUUGCGGUCAUCCAGGUCUCUAACUAUAAUGAAGCUGCUCCUUAUGAGUCAUCGGAGGAAACAUUUCUGCAUUCAGAUCUUAUAGCAGGAGCUGGCAGUGGCUCACUAGUCCAUGCUCAAAAAUCCGAAAGAACAAAAUCAAUUUUGUUGCCUGCUGGAUUCAAUAUUCCAGAAGAUUUAGUAAGAAACCACCUAAAAGAUACAGCAUCUUCAGAAUGGCCAAUUUCCCAGCUUCUAUCAAGGGAGGUAUUGAACCAACCUCCGGGAGAAGAGUCUCACUAUAGAACGCAUGAGCCAUUUUCCAUGUACCAAGAGUCCGAGGAGGGAGAUUGUGAAGAAGAUUUGAAACACACCAUUGAAGAUUUAGAAAUCAGUCCUCGAGAAAUUAUUCCAGGAAACUUCACUCGGAUUUUGGAAAUCGUGAUUGAAGAACAUGACAAGUACAAAGAUCCGUUCUACAAAUACAUCAGGCCUAUAUUAAUCACUCAUAUUCGUGCCGAAUUUGAAGCUAACUUAGUGAAUAGGUUCUGGUACCGUCUUUCGGGGUCAUCGGUUUGGCUAAAAGACUAUAAUGUUCAUUUUGUUGUGUCAAGAUUCAUGUUUGCUGAUAAAGGAGAACGGUCGACUCCAAAGGCAAGUUUUGUGUUAGCACAAGUUUUCGACAAAAACUGGCACGAACUUCAGGAUGUACGUCUUGUGUUCCCUACAAACGAUCUUGGAGGUGAAGAAGAUCCAACUUUCCACUCAGAUGGCCAAACAUUCUCUUCAUACAGAUUUCCCCGGAUCUUGCCAGUGCCAUUUGAUUUUCAUGCCGACGAAAGAAAUAUGGGCCCUGAAGAUCCUCGUUUGAUUUUGGUGAGAAACAAGAAUGGACACGAUGAACCAGUUGCCAUCUUCAAUUCUCAUUACGAUAAAUUCGAAACAAAAGAAGAUGGAACUAAGGAAUCUAAUGCAUUUAGAUCAAUGUUUAUGGCUUUUCCUUUCCAAUUGACUAAGGGGAAAAGACACUUGCCAGAACUUUCCGAUGAAAAUACUGAUAAACUCUAUUUCACGAAAUCGCUCGAGUUGGAAGUUGAGCAUCACGAAAAACCGAAAACAUGCAAGAACUGGUCUCCAAUGGUAAGUGAUUUUGAGCGUGAAGUUAACGGUGGCUUUGAUACAAGUAUCUCAUUCGCUACCAAUCUCGAAAACUUAGAAAUCGUUCGCUGCUCUCUCGAUACUGGUAAAUGUGGCCGACUAUACAAGAAAAGUGGAGACAAUAUUGGACCUCUUCGUGGAGGAACAGCAUUUGUCAACUUAAACAGCAUUUUGAAGCAACAGAGACAUAUUCCUCUUCACAAAUUGUUACCCCCUGGCCGUGAGGUUUACUUCGCCUUCGCAAGAGCACAUUUGCAUAAAUGUGGAUGUGGAAUAGGUUUCUAUAGACCAAACAUGGUGGUCAUGGUCAAGGAUGAGGCCAGAUAUUCAGCUGAAAGUGAUGGUGGUAAGGUCGAGGCAACAAAAUAUUUCUAUCGGACAUUAUACGUGUCGGACUACUUGUCAUUGCAUGUUCCUAUUGAUCCAUGGUAUGUCGACAAUCCAUAUGGUAUGUGUGAAGGUACAAAUGCCUUGAUUCCCAAUGGAAUUGCAUCUUGGAAGCUCGAUUCUUUGACACACAAAGAAGGCAAGUGGAUUGCAAACGACAACUUGAAGCUUCAGUUCUCUGUCUCGGAUUUCAGCGUGGACAGAGUCGACUUCAAUGGCGUUCUCAAUAUGCUUCUAAAUCUAAAAGGUAACUCUGCCUUCUUACCUCCACCAUCAGUAAAGGGCACAAUCUUCGAGCAUCUGAAAGUCACCAUGCCAGAGUUAGGGCCCCAAGGUGAACUCACAGAAUCCCUUGCAGGUGUUGGUAAAAAGAACAUCGAGUGUGCAAUCGAGAGUUCGAAGAAAUUCUGUGUCGCGUUCGCUCGCGAACAAGAAUACUUUAAGAACGAAAAGCCUAAAGUGGAUAAAGCUGAAGCAAACAAGAAACUCAAAGACCAGAUCGCAGAGUUCCAAAAGAUGUAUGAAGUGGAAAUUGCACAGGAAUCUAAUAAAAACCAGCAGCUUGAUAAUCCUGAAGAGGAGGAGGACGAUUAUUGA